AUGGCUGCGGAACUCACCUCGACGAAACUUAAUGCGGAGAAUCACCUUCUUUUGGACCAACCCCUUCUUCGACUGCCGCACGAGCUCGCACGGAGGAAUUUCAAGUCGGUACAACGGCUCGUGGAGCGCGAGAAAGAAUACGUGCUCCCCGCACUGAAGGAAACCGCCAAUGCGUCCCUCUCGCAGAGUCAGACGCCCGACCAGACGCUCGCCGCGCUCGAUGCGAUGAUCUCCCGGAUGCAGGGUCUCAAACGGAAAAUGGAGAACCUCCAGCAGGAGGAGAAGAAGAUCCACGCGCAGUCGCGGAAACGCAUCCAGCAUCUGGAGUGUCUGCACCAUAUACCCAGUUUGGCGGACGUCAAGUACGACCAGUGGUCGAGGAUCCGGCUGGACCGGCUUAUAGUUGACCAGAUGCUGCGGUCGGGGUAUACCGAGAGCGCGCAGCAGCUGGCGCAGGAGAAGGAUAUCGAGGAUCUGGUCGACCUCAACGUCUUUAUACAGUGCCAGCGGAUUGCGGAGAGUCUACGGCGCGGCGAGACGAAGGAUGCGCUGCAGUGGUGUAAUGAGAAUAAGGCAGCGCUCAGGAAGAGCCAGUACAACUUGGAGUUUGAAUUGCGAUUACAACAGUACAUCGAAAUGAUCCGGACGGGGGAUAAAGGGAAGCUCGUGGAAGCGCGAGCACACGCAAGGAAAUAUCUGACGCCUUUCAUCGAGACGCAGUCUGCUGAGAUCCACCGUGCGGCGGGACUCCUUGCGUUCCCCAAAGAUACCAAGGCAGAGCCUUACAAGGUGACUCGACCGAACGUCUUAUCCCAUCCCAUACUGACUGAUGUAGUCUAUGUAUGCGCCUGA